GAGGACGGAGGGAUGGGGAAAUUUAGAAGCCCUCGCUCUAAUUAAUUUAUCUUUGCGUUUCCCCCCUCCACUCUCCUCUUUUUUCAAAGUAAACUUCUCUCUUUCUUCUCUGCCUGAGCCACCUAAUAAUCCUAAAGAAUGUGAAGUGAAGACGCUCCCAAGUUUUGGGGAGAGGCGCGAUGGAACGUGUCAAAAAUGGAUCGUCGGCUUUGGUUCUCCCGAGCUAACUAACCAACUAAUGGUCCUCCGAAGGCUGGAUUUAGGGUGCUUUUUUUUAAAACAGAGCAAGUUGUUUUUUUUCUUUUUGGCCGUGAAGUUUUCACUUAGGGAGAAGAGGAGGAAGGCGGGUGUGUGAGGGCAGAAUCGGGCACAGGUCUUCCUCUGACCAAUGAAAAUGUUGGAGAUUUGCCUGAAAUUAGUUGGUUGUAAGUCGAAAAAGGGGCUCUCCUCGUCUUCCAGCUGCUAUUUGGAAGAAGCGCUUCAAAGGCCCGUCGCCUCCGAAUUCGAGCCCCAGAGCCUCAGUGAAGCCGCCCGCUGGAAUUCCAAAGAAAAUCUUCUUUCUGCUCCCGGCGAAAAUGAUCCCAACCUUUUUGUGGCCUUGUACGAUUUCGUAGCGAGCGGGGACAACACUCUCAGCAUCACUAAAGGGGAAAAACUUCGAGUCUUGGGCUACAACCACAACGGAGAAUGGUGCGAAGCCCAGACGAAGAACGGGCAGGGCUGGGUGCCCAGCAACUACAUCACCCCCGUAAACAGCUUGGAAAAGCACUCUUGGUACCACGGGCCGGUGUCGCGCAACGCAGCUGAGUACCUGCUCAGCAGCGGGAUCAACGGCAGCUUUUUGGUACGGGAAAGUGAGAGCAGUCCUGGUCAGAGAUCCAUCUCCUUGCGAUACGAGGGGAGGGUCUACCAUUAUCGGAUCAACACCGCCUCUGAUGGGAAGCUUUACGUCUCUUCAGAAAGCCGUUUCAACACGUUGGCUGAGCUGGUCCACCACCACUCAACUGUUGCUGAUGGGCUGAUCAUCACUCUCCACUACCCUGCUCCGAAGCGGAACAAACCCACCAUUUAUGGUGUUUCUCCAAACUAUGACAAGUGGGAGAUUGAACGUACGGACAUUACAAUGAAGCACAAACUGGGUGGUGGUCAAUACGGAGAGGUGUAUGAAGGUGUCUGGAAGAAGUACAACCUUACAGUGGCUGUGAAAACCCUAAAGGAGGAUACCAUGGAGGUAGAAGAAUUCUUGAAAGAGGCAGCGGUAAUGAAAGAAAUCAAACAUCCAAAUUUGGUGCAAUUACUGGGCGUGUGCACGAGGGAGCCGCCAUUUUAUAUCAUCACCGAAUUCAUGACCUAUGGGAAUCUGCUGGAUUAUUUGCGGGAUUGUAACAGGCAAGAGGUGAAUGCUGUGGUGCUCCUCUACAUGGCCACCCAGAUUUCCUCUGCCAUGGAGUAUCUGGAGAAGAAGAAUUUCAUCCACAGAGACCUUGCUGCCCGGAACUGCCUUGUGGGGGAGAACCAUCUGGUGAAGGUGGCCGACUUUGGCCUAAGCCGAUUGAUGACCGGGGAUACUUACACUGCCCAUGCUGGGGCCAAGUUCCCUAUCAAGUGGACUGCACCGGAAAGCCUCGCGUACAACAAAUUCUCUAUCAAAUCUGACGUCUGGGCUUUUGGUGUCUUGCUUUGGGAAAUUGCCACGUACGGCAUGUCCCCCUACCCUGGGAUUGACCUGUCGCAAGUAUACGAACUUCUGGAGAAGGGCUAUCGCAUGGAACGUCCUGAAGGCUGCCCAGAAAAAGUCUACGACCUCAUGAGAGAAUGCUGGCAGUGGAGCGCUUCCGAGAGGCCCUCCUUUGCAGAAAUCCAUCAAGCGUUUGAGACGAUGUUUCAAGAAUCCAGCAUCUCUGACGAAGUGGAAAAAGAGCUGGGAAAGAAAAUGCUGAAGAGCGUGGUCAACCCGUUUUUGCAAGCUCCGGAGCUGCCGACGAAAACCAGGACAUCCCGAAAGAUGGCUGAAUGCAAAGACAUCGAGAGCUUAGAGGUGGUGCCUGCGAAAGGCCCAGGAGAAGGUGAAUCCACAGAGCACGAGCCGGCCGUGUCCCCUUUACUGCCCCGGAAGGAAAGGACUGCCGUGGACGGGAGUUUACAUGAAGAUGACCGUUUGCUCCCAAAAGACAAGAAGACCAAUCUCUUCAGCGCUCUGAUCAAGAAGAAGAAGAGGACUGCCCCCACUCCUCCAAAGCGUAGCAGUUCGUUCCGGGAAACGGAGGGCCGUCUGGACCACAAGGGAGCAGGGGAGGAGGAGACCAAGGAGAGCAGCAACGGAGUCUUGGUGGUCACGCACCCAGCCGACCCAGAGGACCGUUCCAGGUUCCCAAACCCCAGCAACGAGGCGGCCGGAGUUGCCAACGGGACCCCAGCUGGGAACUCUGCUUUGUUGUCCCCGAAUCUCUGGAAAAAAUCAGGCUCCUCAGCCAACAGCCGCCCGGGCCCUGGCGAGGAGGACGGCGGGUUGAUCUCCAGCAAGCGCUUCUUGCGGUCCUGCUCCACCUCCUGUAUGCCCCACGGGGGCAGGGACACCGAGUGGAAGUCGGUGACCCUACCUCGGAACCUGCAGUCCCCCGGGCGCCAAUUUGACUCAUCGACCUUUGGGGGCCACAAGAGCGAAAAGCCCGCCCUGCCGCGGAAGCGAGCCAGUGAGGCGAAGGCUGACCCGGUCAACCGGGGAACCCUCACCUCGGCUCCCCGGCUGCUGAAGAAGAACGAGGAGACCCUGGAAGAGGCUUCCAAGGAGGCCGAGUCCAGCCCGGGCUCCAGUCCGCCCACCCUCACCCCCAGACUCAGCCGGAGGCAGCCUCUGCUCCCUUCCGCCGGAGGGGGGCCGCCAGCAGAGCAGGCUGUGGCGGGCAAAGCUUCCCUGGGCGUCUUCACUGGAAAAGCUCUGGGUGAGGAAUCCCGGCUGCGAAAGGUGAAGCCGGCUCCAGAGAAGGAGAAAGGGAAGCUGUCGAAGCUCAAACCGGCCCCACCUCCUCCGGUCUUGAACUCGUCCUUGGGCAGAAAUAGCAAGGGGGGUCUUGGGCCCAGCCACGAAGGGCCAGAAGGGUCCCAGGCAAAGAGCAAGCAGGCGGUUGUGGCUGCCGAGCCUGGAAGUGCGGAGACUCCCAAGCCCAGCAUGUCAGCAGAGGGGGGCAAAAAGUCAUUGAUGGCGUCUGUACCAAAGUCUCCCUCCUCCACCAAGUUGCUCUUGAUGGCAGGUUCUCCAUCACCAUCUCCCUCCACUGUCUCGUCAGCUCUGGCUGCAGACCAGCCCGCCUCCACGGCCUUCAUCCCCCUCAUUUCCACCCGGGUCUCCCUGAGGAAGACUCGCCAACCUCCGGAGAAGAUAGCUAGUGGCACGGUCACCAAGGGGACAGUCCUGGAGAGCGCCGAGAUCCUGCGGACCGCCAUCAGCAAGAACUCGGAACAGAUGGUGAGCCACAGCACCGUCCUGGAAGCAGGCAAGAACCUGUACACCUUCUGCGUGAGCUACGUGGACUUGAUCCAGCAGAUGCGGAACAAGUUUGCCUUCCGAGAGGCCAUCAACAAACUGGAGAACAGUCUCCGGGAGCUUCAGAUCUGCCCUGCCACAGCCGGCGGAGGUCCGGCUACCACCCCGGAUUUUAGCAAGUUGCUCAGCUCAGUCAAAGAAAUCAGCGAUAUCGUCCAGAGGUAGCAGAAGCAGGCAGAUAAUCGGUGACCCAAGACAUUUUGGUUCCUGGGACGAAACAAUCGGACCCCAUGCAACAGGGAGGCAACACGCGGACUACUCUGCCAGGUGGAUUGUGUUUUAGCUGCCCUCCGGGGUCCUCCAAGACCCUCAAGCUCUGAGCAUCUCAGGCGUUGCGUGGCUUGGAUCGCUCCCACCCUCAGGAUAUGCCCACCCUCUGCUGCCCACAGGCCAUAUCGUGAAACCCUUCCUGGUGCACCUACCAUUCUUCUAACCAGAUUUCCCCUCACUCCCACCUUCUCAGACCCUUCUUAACUCUGGGGAGUCCAAGUGUUGGGGAGCUUAACUCGUCUUAACGCUGCACCCUUUGGGACAUUCCGACUAAUGCUUUCUUUUUUCCAGUGUGAGCUUUGUGUUGAACGCGGGGCCUGCGGGACACCGCUUGUCUAGACCAAAUUGGUUGCUGGGGUUCUCUCCUGGUAGCCUCCCCUCGCCCUCUUGCCCCCAUCCACGGCUGCCCAUGGGUGUAUUUUCACACCACGUCCUCCUGCAGCCUUCGGUCUGAGGCCCUUCUGAGGACCAACAGAAGCAUCUCUGCUCUCUGUUUGCUCCCACUGAUAAAUGAAUGAAUAUGUGAACAAACCCUUCCCUCCUCCCUUUUGUUUCAAGAGUUUCCAUCAGUCACUUUGGGAUGGGAAAGAGGCAGUUGAAUCUUCCAUUAAAUGCCAAACUCAACCAGUUUUGGACCAUUGGGGAUCUGCACAUCUUUUUUUUUUUGGAAGGGGGGUUGCCCAGUGCCACACUGCAUGAGUCCAUGCCCAAUGAAGAGGAUACCUGUUGCUUCUCUGCAUGACUCACUCCAUUGGCCUGCAGGGGAGUCGUUCUGCACUCCUUGGGUGUGAUCAGCCCAUGUGGAGAAGCCAUAAAAAUGGGGGAGAGAGGAACGCUGUGGGUGGGGUUGCUUUGGACAACUUUGCAUGGUUUUAAUGGGCAAAAUUCUUUGGCUAAAUUCUCCCCAACCAAUUGAAACUUGGCAGUCUGAUUUACACCCACCCACACCUUUAUGUCUCUUCAUGAAUGAAGCAUGGAAACAGUGGGGAGGGGUUGUUUUAAAGUGGAAAUGAUUUGCACCUCCAUGUGCUUAAGAUCUUUGGGGUCAUUGUAUUUUUCUCCUAGCUGGGGCUGCCCCAAAACCUUUGUCCCUUGUGCCCAUACCCAAGGCCAGUUGCUUAUCCCUCCCCCACUCCCACAAGGCACGUCUCUUGUGACACACAAGAUGGCUUGCCUGAAAUGACUUCCUCAAUGGAAAACAACCCUGAUGCCUGGACUCGGCCUUUGCCGGGGAAAAAAAAAUGCACGAUGCAAUGCUCCCUUAACUUUUAAGAAAACCCUCAGAAACAGAAAACCAGUAUGUCAAGGAGAAGGAUUGCCUUACCUUGAUUUCCUGGACAUGCUCCUGUUCUAAAUGCAAGAAUGCCCACCUGUAAUGGUCUGUGGGAAUGACCUUGGGAGACAGGGGGAAGAGCUGCAGACUAGGCAAUGGUCGGAAAAGAGGCAGCUGAGCCUGCAGAAAAAAUGGGGACAUGGGAAACAGAAGGGACCCUCCCUAGUUUCAUGGGCUGUAGAGGCGAUGGGGGAGAAAUGUACUUUGGGAUUUGCAAGAUUGGUGUCAGCCUUGCGAGGUAGAUGAACUAAUUCUACUUUACCGUAAGGUGACAUUAACAGAAUCUUGCAAGUCUGAAAGUAUAUCCCCCCCUACUUGCCUUUACAGCCCUAGAAACUAGGGAGGGUCCCUUCUGAGAUGUUUCCCACACCCCUUUUCCUUCUGUGGGCUCAGCUGCCUCUUACCUGACCGUUGUCUGGUCUGCGGCUCUUCCUCCUGUCUCCCAAGGUCAUUCUCACAACCCAUUACACCACCAUUUCCUCCCCCGCAGGGAAAGCUUUGUGCAUCCUCUUCUCCAUACAUGCCCCUGGUUGCCAUCCAUCCAAACUGGUUGGCAGCUCCCCUGCAUGGCAACUCACUCACUUUAACUAACGACCCCAUCACGGUGCAGUUGGUGACUUGAGGGAUGAAGACACAAACUUGGGACGUUUGGUUCAUUUUUACCGCCUCCCUUUCCCUCUGGAAUACCUUUCUGAGCAUCUCUGGCAUGAAACCUUUUUAAUUAUUACUUCCCCACAUUUUUCUUUCCAGGCCUAGUCCAGCGUGAUGCUUGGAAAUGCCUUUGCUUGCAUGCCUGGUUCGCCAGAGCGCCCUUGUGUUUUGUGUCCAGCCUAACAUGGGGGUGGGGGUGGGGGGAAUGAAGCUGUGAUUCAGGCUGCCUUUGAAAGAACGGAGGUGGGGGCGGCUCCCCAAAUUCAGAGGAUUUUCAGAGGGUACAGAUAUUUUGUGGAUAAUCUCUCGUAAUAUAAUAUAUGUUUAUAUCUCAGUAUUAUGCCUCUUUCGUAGACUCCCCCACCCCCAUGUGUAAAUAGCUGCAACUUUCUUUUUUCUUAAUUUCUAUAAUACUUGAUGGGGGUUUGUUUUCCCCCUCUUCGUUCCUUGCUUAUGAUUGCCCAGGUCAGAACCUUUUACAGAUCUUUUCACCGAUUUUCCUUGUCCUCCACUUUAUGUGUGUUCUUUAAAAUGAUUCCGGACGGUCUUCCUUCGUCUAUGGUG